ACUAAUGAUGAUUGUGGUAUCAUAAAACCUCUUACAGUUGUGCAACAUAGAUUGUCUGAUUUAUGACACACUGAUGAACAGCAGUACAGAAUAUUCAAGUAACUGAUUGUCUUUUAUUUUGUAUUUACAUGUAUAACUUUAAUACUAUUUUACAUUUAGAUUGCAAAGACAUUUUGCUCCUCUAACAUUUCCUUGGCUUCCAUGGCUGCAGUUGGAAAUAUUUAAGACUCAAACAUAUAGGAGUUAUUUUUUAUUUAAGGACCUUUUUUUAUGAACUUGAACCUAUGUCCUUUGGCAUUUGCAUAAACCACUGCACCGCAGCUCCAACGUAUUUGUUUUCUAAUAAGUAAAUUUCAUUUAAUUUCUGGUUAAUUAAGGUUCAGACCCUUUCACUUGCAAAAUGUAAGCCAACACCCAUCAUUGUUUAAGACCUAAUAAUGUGUCCAUUGGAAUGUACCGGAAUAAGAAUGAAUAACCCGGUGGAGAAAAUAAACCCCGGAAUUAGUCAUAAAGUCAUAAAUUCAUAAUUUAUUUUUAUUCACCACAGGAGUUUGUGCUGUCACAGCAUUAUACUCUCAUUGCAGGGUUCUCCACUGGAAGCUGUAAAAAUCAGAUUCAUUAAUGUUGCUUUUUAUGAGCAAAGACUGCUAAUUAGAGGUGGCAACCGCAGUGAGGAGGCCCUUGAUAUGAGGCCUAGUCUAAUCAGCCCUGAGUGAAUGAGCUAAUGACAGAGAGAGCAGGGAAGGUGGACUCAGACAGGGUCACCUUACUGGCCUGCGGAUGAGAGAAACCCAAAUGUGUUUCAUAUUGUUCAUCACAUAAAAAAAUCAUAAGGAGUCAUGAGACAAGAGGACAAAAGGUGGCUGCAUCUACCAAAUCCAUGCAUUGGCAAUUAAUUUGCAAGCCUUGAAAAUACAGCUGUACACUGACUAACUAACUAAUCUUAUUUAUUGCAUUCACUAACUAACCAAUUAACGACUGUAAAAAAUAAACUUAUUUAAUUGCACUAACUAACUAUUAAUUAAACUUGAUUAAAACUUCAUUUUCCACUGCUCUGCAUUUACACUUCUGCCAUAGCAUUGUACUAUUCUAGUUCUCAAAUGAAAUUUGGUAUGGUAGCACUACUUCAUUAUUUUUGCUCUUGGAUUAUUUGCAGCUGCUUUUAUUAUUCUCAUUUGUAAAUUGUUUUGGAUAAAAGCAUCUGCUAAAUAAAUACAUUUAAGUAGAAACCAUAACAGUUCAUUUGACAGUAUCUAUGAAGAGAUACUGUAUGUUAAUUAGGUAUUUUGUUUUACUAGACGUGUGGAGUGUAUUUGGAUUCUGAAAGACAAAUGAUUAAUAUAGAAAGUUAGUGAAAUUACUAAACAAAGACUGACGUGACAAAUUUCUAGCAACUUUUAUUUUUCUGUCAAUACUGAAAGUGAAAUACUUUGCAAAGCAACAUAAUCACAGCCAAUCAGAUCAUAUUUAUUGUUUAAUAUACUGCUGUAUUUAAUAUACAGUGUAGCUUGAUUUUGGACCAAUGAGAUUUUGCUGUGGGCAGAACUACCUGGUACAAAAAUAGAAACCAAGCAACUAACAAAAUAUGUUGUUGCUUGUCACAGUCAUGGCUGGUUAGGACAUAAACUCAGAGCAGUUUUAAAAUAGAGGAUAUAUCACUUGUCGCUCUGUCACAUUGCGUUUGAUUGCGACACUGCGUAAGCAUUUUGGGGUACUUGUGACAGCUGUGCUCUUCCUUUCAGAUCAAGAAUGCUGAAGACAAGAUGGAUCCUCUAGUUUAUCUGAGCCUGCUGAGAGUCAGCGUCUCUACUCUCCCACACCCCAUUCGCCCACCGCGUCCCCGGGCACCUGACCCUGCUCUCUCCAACUCCUCCUGGAAGAAUCAGUAGAGCUAUCGCAGUACACACGGGAGACAGGUGAACUCUUCCUGUGUAAAUAUGACUGGAUGGAGGUCUCAGUGGCGUCUGGUCCUGCUCAACUCACUGACAUGUGGCCUGGAGAUCUGCGUGGCUGCUGGGAUCACCUAUGUGCCCCCUCUGUUGCUGGAAGCUGGUGUGAAGGAACAGUACAUGACAAUGGUUUUAGGUAUCGGACCAGUUCUGGGCCUUCUCUUCAUCCCCCUGAUUGGCUCAGCCAGUGACCACUGCAACAGUAGCUAUGGCCGCCGGCGACCCUUCAUAUGGCUUCUGUCAUUGGGUGUUCUCCUAGCCCUCCUUAUCAUUCCGCAUGCUGAUGUGCUGGCCGCCAACCUUAGCUGGGGCAGCGCCCGCCGUAACCAGGCUCUCCAGGUGGGCUUGCUCAUCCUUGGCGUGGGACUAUUGGACUUCUGCGGGCAGGUGUGCUUCACGCCACUAGAGGCGUUGCUCUCAGACUUAUACCGUGAACGGGACGACUGCGGACAGGCUUUCGCAAUGUUCUCCUUCAUGGUUAGUCUAGGCGGUUGCGUUGGCUACUUGUUACCCGCGUUGGACUGGAGCAGUGGGCUUCUCUCGUUCUACCUGGGAGGGCAGGCAGAGUGUCUGUUCUCCCUCCUCAUCUUCAUCUUCGUGGUCAGCGUGUUGGUCACCAUGAAAGUGUCCGAGGAACCUUCAUGUGGGACGUCUGUCCUGGAACCUGGGCCAUUGGAGACUGGAUGGUGUUUUCCGCACUCAUGCUGCUAUCUGUUUCAGUGUAAGCUGCGUUAUCUGAAGUCAGGCCCAUUGCUAUGCCUGCUGAGGACUUGCUGGUCUAUGACACCAGCCAUUUACCGCAGCUACUGCCAUGUACCACGUGUUAUGCGACAGCUGUGCUUGGCUCAGCUCUGCAGCUGGAUGGGUGUCAUGUCCUUCAUGCUCUUCUACACAGAUUUUGUUGGCGAGGGAUUGUAUGAAGGAGUUCCAAGUGCUGCUCCGGGCACUGCUCUCAGGCAACGCUACGAUGAAGGUAUACGUAUGGGCAGUCUGGGCCUGUUUCUGCAGUGUGCUACCUCAACAUUCUUCUCACUGGUCAUGAGCAGGCUGGUGCAUGUCUUUGGGUCCAGGAUGGUCUAUUUGAGCAGCAUGGUGAGCUUCACCAUUUCUGCCCUGGUUAUCUGUCUGUCCAAGAGUGUACUGUUGGUCACGGCUAUGUCAGCCCUCACUGGCUUUGCCUAUGCAACGCUGCAGACCUUGCCGUACACACUUACCUGCCACUACCACAAAGAGAAAGAGGUGUACAUGCAAAACAGCAAAACCAAAAAACUGCACAAGAAUGGAUUCACCAUCACAAGGGAUUCUGUUUGUUUUAAUUUAGACAAUGACCCUAGAGAUCUCAGCCACAAGAAUGGCAUUUCCAAUGGGCAUGCUUAUCACAACAGUGAUGGACAAGAAUAUUACCCCCCUCUGCACAAUCAAAAUGGUACACCCCUUGGUCUGGAGUCAGAGGAUUUUGAAAAACGUGGGGUAGGACUAGACUUUGCCAUUCUGGACAGCACCUUCCUUUUAUCUCAGGUCUUCCCCACCCUCUUCAUGGGCAUGAUCGUCCAGUUCACAGAGUCUGUUACUGCAUACAUCGCCUCCUCUGCCAUCUUUGGUGCCAUUGGCAUUUAUUUUGCCACCCACAUCAUCUUUGACCAAAAGGACCUCAGAAACUGAAAGAUGCAGUUAUGAUGUGAGUCAUAUCUUAAAAAUCUGUCCCCCUUGAACGUUUUGACUAAAUAACUGGCCAUAUUGUUUAAAUGUAAAUUACUUAAUUUACUGUCUAUGUUGUGCUGACUGCAUUGUUUCUACCUUUCUCAUUCAGGUUAUGUUUGCUUUGAGGAUGAAUUGUGCAUAAGCGGUCUAGACUGCUUUCUCCAUCAGAUUUCUAUGCCUAAAGACAAAUAAAAAUUUUGGGACCAAUGUCAAAUUGGACGAUGUAAAUCCUGUUAUUUCGUAAAGACUUUUUUAAAGAACUAUUUUAUUGUGUAUAUAUUUUUUAUAUUGAUAAUAUAUACAUAUAUUUAUAUCCCUAUGGGAAUUUUUUAUGCAACCCAUUUUGGUGAGGUCAUCUGUAUUGAUGUAGUCACACUAACCUCAUUUGACUUGUCAAACAAAAGUGUCUUUAUGAGGUUUCUUGGUCAGUAAUCAAGACUAAUAGCACAAUAUAGCCAUGUAUAAAAUGUCAGUCUAGUGUUCAAAAUGACAAUCUGGAAUAUUUUUCCACAGGAGACUUUACACACAGACCAUAACUUAUGUUAACAAACUGAACAUUAUUGGAAAGUGUUACCAUAUUUUUCAGAGCUGAAUAACUGUCUGACCUUUUUGUGUGUAAAUAAAUGUGCAACAUUAAAGUGCAUAAGAAAGACAAACCUUGCUUGCUAUAGAAUUAUUUUGUUAGAGGGAAAAAUAAUAGAAUA